AUGUAUUUAGAUAAUCUUAUGAUACGUUGUGUUAUUCGUCAAAUGAUGGCUUUAGCCUUGGUGCCUGAACAAUAUGUCCAAUCCUUAUUCGUCGAUCUCGGUGAAGAAUUAAAUGAUGAUGUACGUGAAGAAUUAGCGAAUUUAUUUAAAUAUUUCAACGAUCAGUGGAUGAGACAAAUAUCAAUGUGGAAUGUCUGUGAAGUUCUAGACAAAACCAACAAUUUUAGUGAAGGAUACAACCAUAGGUUUAAACGGCGGAUACAUAACAGCCAUCCCAAUAUAUGGGCAUUUAUUGAUUCAAUUCGAAAAGAAGUGGAUACUGUCCAUGAUAUUAUUAUCCAAAUAAAUAGUGGAAUGCGACCUCGUACAAAACGGCCCAAGUCCAGAAUUGUUGAACAACGAAUGAAAGAAUUAUAUGAUCGAUUCCACAAUAACCAAAUUACAGUCCAUGAUUUAUUACGCCGACUUUCUUUUUUUGUUGCACAUGCGAAAUAA